CCACGUCAGCCCCUCCUGGAUUUGCCGCACACUUCGGAGGGACAAAUCAGUCAAUUUGUUCGAUAUUUUCCCACUCGCUCUCUGCCUCCCGAAAUCGCCUCCGGAGUUCCCCUUCUAAACCCACCGCCCACUUCACCUUUUCUUUCCGACUGGGAAAAUGAGAAUGGAAUAGCGUUUUCAAUCUUCAUAACUGCAUAUUUCUCUUCGCUGCCUACAGAUUUCAGUCCGUUUCUUGAAAAAUUAUUACAAUUUCAGUAAGAGAGGUGGCUCUCUAUCUCUCUUCGACUCUUCCUCUCCUAUCCCUAUCCGUCUCCGAUGUUGUUUCUCGCCGAGUCUAAAACCCCAACAGCAUUUGUGCUCCCCAAGGUAACAAUUCUCAGGAUUAAAAUAUUUGAUUAUGCUGGCUUUGUUGUUCGGGAGGCUCUCUCCCUCGCCGUCUCUUUGUUACAUCUCCCUAGCUGCUACUGUGUCUUGCCGACUUUGUUAUCUCGACAGCAGCUGUACCCCAGAUUACUGAUGGAUUUUGCUGGAACUGUUCGAUUCCCUUUUCUAUCCAAUCUUCGAUUCUAUUUCCGGCGCCGAAUUGCUAUGGGUUUCGGUAGUUGUUACAGCCCUUGGAUUCGGCACCACAUGUAAUGUCAUACACGAUCAGAAAGUGGCUGGGGAAUGCUUGAAAUUUUUUUCAGUAAUGUGUUCUUUAUUUAAUGCUACUUCACUUCCCUGGAUUAUAAUGUAAUUGACUAAUUGUGCUUCCAUUCGUGGCUAUGCAACAACUGGCGACUGCAAAGGGUGCAUUAUUAUUUUUUUAUGGUCGAGCACCUCUCUCUUGCAUCGGCUAUGUAAUCUUGAGCAUCCCAAUUUGAGCCUACACCGAUUCAAAAAAGCUCCGACAACAGUAAGCCAUGAAACCACUAUCCCUAUCAGCAUUUGGACUACCUCAUGUUUCCCAGAAUCUAAUGAUUCCAAAGAUUUUGUUGCUGGGUUUCAGGUAUGCCAACUUUUAGAUGAACGAAUUCCAUAUUUGUACAUUCCACAACUGCUCAAAGGUUACAUAGAACAUCAUACUAUCUGAAGCCAUAGCACUUGCAUUUAAACCAUCUUAGUCAAAUUGAAUAUAUUUCGUUCGGUGUAAAGUAAUAAUUAUCGAUUAAUUCCCAACAAACUCUUUCGUACUCAAAUCUAUUUCCUUUUAACAUGACCUCCUUUCCAUUUUUAAUUGGGAUGAGUUUAAGCUUUUUAUUUGUGUUAUAUAGUUAGGUGAGCCUGAGCUUCAUCACCCCUCCAGACAUGAUCAUUGAUGGGAAUGGCCCUAACACCAAAACUAGGUCUUAUGAUGACCAGAAUGAGAAUGAGAGUGCUAGAAAUGGAUGUGAUAAGGUUUGAUAUUGGUCAUUUGUUGCUUCAUUGAGUUUUGAUAUGGGGUCUUCAUAUUCGAUUGGAAUGGAGUGUACGCACCGGCCCCUUCUGUUCCUUUUGAAGAUGUGCAGGGUAGUAGUCUUUCUAAAUAGAGAUGGGACAUUAGAAGUCUGUCUUUGUUGUGUUUAGUGUCUUUUAUAACUGUUUAUUUAUUUAAUAAAAUCACACCACCAUUACAAAAUAAACUGAAACAUUCAUAGCUCAAGUACUUAGCUUAUGUGCUAUCAUAUAAUAAUUGUCUGAAACCAAUAUGUUGUGGGCUACAUUUAUCUUACUCCAUGUUACUUUUUCCUCUACAGAUCCCACUUAAGUUACAUGUUUAAAAAAUGCAUCAUGUCAGUUUCUAACAUCUAAAUGAGGGGAAUCAGAUGAGGCGAUAACAAAAUAUGAGAAGCUCCCCAAGCCACCAGCAACAUACCACGGUGCUAAAAGUUGUUGCAGAGAAGUGGGCUUGGUAUGUAGAAUCUAUAAAUCAAUCUAACAUGCUUGAUUGUAGCAACAAUUGAUUGAGACACCAAGUCUUGAGAACCUUGGUGGGACAAUCUUAACAGAGUUGAAAAGGAAACACGUGCUGUCCACUGUGACCCUGAGGAGGAGAAGUAGUAUUGCCAAAAACUAUGUAGUUAAGGACCACUACGUGAAGCUUCAAUUUAAUAUUCUGUUUUCAUCCAUGUGAAGUUUAGUAUUAUGUUAGGAAAUGUCUAUUUUUUUUAUUAAAACCUUCUUCAUAUUUUUUUUAUAUUAUCCAAAUUUAUUAAAAUGCUAUUAAUUAACCAAAUUUUUCAUAAUGCAUCAAAAUAUUAGUCAUUUUUACGUUAUUGUUAAUAAUUUUGUAACUCUUUUCUUAGUUAAAAUACUAAAAUUUUGAAAUGUUGACCUUCAUGUGUCUCUUCCAAGUCAGUAUCAUGUUGCCAAGUCAAUAUUACUCACAAAAUUGCUAACUGAAAGUUAACAUUUGGCUAAUUCUUAGUAUUUCGAUAGGGUUGGCUAAUAAAAAAGAAUUCGAAAAAGGUUUGGCUAAUAAAUUGUCAUUACCCUG